AUGAGUUUCAAAAAAUAUGAGAGUGGUGCCGCAAAGAGGAAAGCAAAGAAACAUGAACAAGAGGAAAUCAGAAAGCACCCGAAAGUGACCUCUUAUUUCGCCACGAGUUCACGCAAACAGUCUGAAACACCCCGUGAAUACGAUGAGGAGAGCGUUCUUUCUACAGAAGAAAAGGUGUCUUCCCUAGAAAGUGAUACGAAAAAUAAACCGGAUACCUCUCUUUCUGCCAUGGAUGUUGAACAGGAUGGAAAAGUGCUGGAAGAUGAUGCAUAUGUUCCUAAGGAAUCCAAGACGAUAGCAGAAGACUUCGAGCCUCAGGCUUCUACAUGUGAUACCAGCCCAUUCUCAGUGCUCGAUCAAGACCCAGCAAAGUGGCCAUCGCAUAUAAACGAGGCAGCUCGGGACUACUGCGUCGAGAAAGGGCCCGAAUAUUUUCAAAACAACGACGGAGAGUACACGGCCUCGUGUUCAUUUCCAACUCUGCUCCAGAAGCUGACUGAUGCCCUUGACAAGUUUGCCAAUGCCUUCCAGGAGAAGGCAGCAAUAUUAUCAGUGCAAAAGUUGUUUAGUCGUCGUAGUGUCAUGUCAAGACUCAUUUUGAAGGAUGACUGCAGCAAUAGGGCUGCAAAAAAGCUUCUGGGGCCACACUGCCUGCUGCAUCUUGUUCAGCAGUCGUGCAAUUCACAUCUUCUGCUACCUUCUUCUGCUACCUCUCAAGUCACUGUGAAGGAUGUGUCCCAAAAGGAGCAAUAAUAUGAUUGGGAUUCUACUCCAUGAGAGACAUGUCCUAUCCUGCAGCAUAUGGACAGUUACUUGGCUUUCUUCAAAGUGUUCUGCUGAAUGAUUCAUUUUCACAUUAC